AUGGCAACUAGCAAUAAAGAUCACUGGUCGGCAGAAAAGUACCAAAACGCAGCCGGCUUCGUCCCCAAACUAACAUCAACCGUGGUCUCCUACCUCGACGUCCAACCCACGGACCGAGUCCUCGACAUAGGCUGUGGCGAUGGCCCUUUGACCGCCCAAAUCGCCGCCGCCGCCUCAUCCGGUCAAGUCUUAGGUCUAGAUGCUUCACCUUCGUUCAUCCAGUCCGCGCAGAAGAACCACGCGAGCAAGAAUUGCACUUUCAAGUUACAGGAUUGCACGAAGUUACAGGACUGUCCCGAGGCUGUCGACGGGAGCUGGGAUAAGGUGUUUAGUAAUGCUGCUUUGCACUGGAUCUUACGAAACCCGGAGACGAGGGUAGGGGUGUUUGAGAAUGCCCAUAAGGCGCUGAAGAAGGGUGGUAGACUUAUUUUUGAACAGGGUGGGGCGGGAAAUGUUGCUGAAGUCCAUGCGGCGUUUACGGCGGCACUGAUACAUGCGGGUUUGUCGGUCCAGCAAGCACGAGAAGCUUGUCCUUGGUUUUUUCCUGGUCCGGACUGGAUGACCAAGACGUUGACGGAUAUCGGGUUUGAGGUCGAGAAGUGCGAGCUGGAGUAUAGACCUACGAAGUGUAAUCCUGACAACGCAGAUGGGAGUGGUGGUGUGAUGGGGUGGUUGAGAUUGAUGGGCGCAAAGUUCUUGGAGGCGGUGGAGGAGGGAAAGAGAGAAGCAGUGUUGAGGGAGGUCAGUGAUAUCGUCGAGUCGAUCGUUACGAGAGAAGAGGACGGGUCGAAGUGGUUGGGAUAUACUAGAUUGAGAGCGGUUGCGCGCAAGAAGUGA